AUGGCGACACCCUCUACGACCGAGCCAGUGCUCAAGCUCCCACAUCCGUACCUUACGCCCUACGAUCUUGUUACGACCUCACGUCCCUCGAGCUCUACUCCUUGGUUCCAAGUCAAACACCAUGAAAAUGCCUCCAAUGAACCAAAGGCAAAGACGAAACCGUUACCCGAACCUCUCGAUAACGACACACUCUUCUUCACCGAGCCCACCGAUCUCAAAUCGAGCGAGCGACCGCCCGAGUCGAAUAAUACACCAUGGGGUCGGGCUCGCCGCUCUCCCAGCUCAAUCUUUACCUGGGACGUAGAGACUCCUCCCACAUUAGCACAGGCAUGGCUCGUCAUCUACGUACUGUUCACGCUCCGACCGUCAGCAGAAGGAAUCCGGCUCACGCUUGAGGGGCCCGGCCGGGAAGCUCUCGCGGCACAGCUUAAAGCCGUCCUCCUGGCCAUCGACCACCCCACGGCCGCAGGCCUCAGCGACGAGCUCCUCGUCCUGCGCAGCACAUUCUGGCAAGGCGCGGGCUCGCCCUUCGGACCGCGCAGCGCCUGGGUGCCCGACUCGAGCAGCGACCCCAAGGACAACGGAAACUUCCUGCCGAAGCCGCUCUCCGCGUACCCGCUCACGCCGCUGCAGCACGCCAUGACGUCCGAGGCCAGCGGCUCGCCGGCGUGGCACCCGCGGCGGCCCGCGAAGCCGCGCCCGGGCUCGGUCGUGUACAGCCGGUGGAUCCCGCACCUGCGCGAGACGUUCAGCAUGGUCGCGCUCGACUGGGAGGACCCGGAGCACCUGGGCCUGUUCCACAGCUGGCAGAACGACCCGCGCGUGUCGCAGGGCUGGAACGAGACCGGCUCGCUCGACCAGCACCGCGAGUAUCUGCGGCGCGCGCACGUCGAUCCCCACCAGAUCACGCUCCUGGCCGCGUUCGACGAUACCUUUUUCGCGUACUUUGAGGUUUACUGGGCUAAGGAAGACCGACUAGGCGCGUACUACUCGGCGGGGGACUUCGACCGGGGGCGGCACUCGCUGGUGGGGGACGUGCGGUUCCGGGGGCCGCACCGGGUGACGGCGUGGUGGUCGAGCCUGAUGCACUACCUUUUCCUGGACGACCCGCGCACGAUGCACGUGGUGGGCGAGCCCAAGUACACCAACAGCUCCGUGCUCGCGUACGACCUCGUGCACGGCUUCGGCCUCGACAAGUUCGUCGACCUCCCCCACAAGCGCUCCGCCUUCGUCCGCUGCUCCCGCGAGCGCUUCUUCCAGCUCGCGCCUCUCGCCGAGAGCGAGAAGGUCGUCGGCGGUACGCUCGUCGGGUUGCUCCCGAAGUUGUAG